AUGAAGAAACAUCAGCGAUGAAUACGUAGCCGUCUCACAAGUAUUCAGUCUUUUGAACAAGAAAGACGCGUGACUUUUCGAACAAAAUUAAAUUUUCAUCAAGAGAUUCUUAUUUCUUUUCAAAGUGUUUCAAAAAUAGAAAGACGAAUAUUGUUUAAAUAGAAGUUGCAUAAUAUAAGAUUAAAAGUAUAGUUAAGGACGAAUAAAUUUUCAAUUCCUUUUAUACAGAAAAAAUAUUUAUAAGCGAGAGAGGUUCCGUGUUAGAUAAAUAGAAAGUUAAUGUCAAAUUUAAAAUACCAAAAAGUUGAGACAAAUUCUUCUGAUUCACAAGAGGAGAUAACUCAGCAGAAUACAAUGGCUCAUGUUUCUAAUAUACCAUCAACACAUUCAAGUCAACAACUCAUGAGUGAUGCUGAAAGUGUUCUCACUGAAGAAGAUUCUAAAAGUCUAAGUCGGAGGAGUCGGCAAGCUGAAACAACUUUGGGCUUCCGAUCAGUUACUUCCAAAGAAUGGUUCACAGUCGCCGUGCUAUGUUUCAUUAAUUUAAUAAACUACAUGGAUAGGUUUACAAUUGCUGGUGUUUUGACUGACAUCCAAGACUCUUUCGGUAUCAAAGAUGACGAGGGAGGCUUACUACAGACUGUAUUCAUCCUCAGUUACAUGAUUUUUGCACCAAUUUUCGGAUAUUUAGGCGAUAGAUUCUCACGAAAAGCAAUCAUGGCAUUUGGCAUAACAUUAUGGGGUGCAACGACACUUUUAGGAUCAUUUAUGAAUCACUUCGGUUGGUUCAUAGCAUUCCGAGCCCUCGUUGGUAUUGGUGAAGCUUCAUAUUCAACAAUUGCGCCGACAAUUCUUUCCGAUCUUUUCAUUCAUGAUUUACGAUCGAAAAUGUUGGCGAUUUUCUACUUUGCUAUUCCUGUUGGAUCUGGUUUGGGUUAUAUUGUUGGAUCAGAAACAGCUAAAGCUCUUGGAUCAUGGCAUUGGGCAUUACGUGUGACUCCCGUGCUCGCUCUCGUCGCAGUCUUUCUUCUCUACUUUAUCGAGGAACCAGAACGUGGACAAAGUGAAGGUUCAGCACAUAUGGAAACAACAUCAUAUAUUGAAGAUGUUAAAGAUGUUUGCAAAAACAGAUCAUUCAUGUUGUCAACAGCUGGCUUCACUUGUGUCGCAUUUGUUGCUGGUGCACUCGCUUGGUUUGGACCAAAAUUCAUGCAUCUUGGACUUAAAAUGCAACCAGGAAAUGAAAACAUUCAACUUAACGAAGUAUCAUUUAUAUUUGGCGCCAUAACAAUGACAGCUGGUAUCAUAGGCGUUCCAUUGGGCAGUUACUUAUCAACAAGAUUAAGCAAAAGUUAUCCACGAAGCGAUCCUGUGAUUUGUGCAAUUGGAUUACUUAUAAGUGCGCCGCUUAUAGCGGCAUCAAUGAUGUUUGUUACAGCCAGUUCCACAUUAGCUUAUAUCUUUGUCUUUCUCGGUGAAGUUGCACUUAAUUGCAACUGGGCGAUAGUUGCUGAUAUGCUUCUGUACGUCGUUGUACCAACGAGAAGAUCAACUGCUGAAGCAUUCCAAAUUCUUAUAUCUCAUGCGUUUGGCGACGCUGGAUCACCGUACUUAGUUGGCCUAAUCUCAGAAUCUUUAAAGCCGGUCUUAAGAAGCUAUGAAAAGGGCGUUAAUCUCGAUGUAAACUUUGGAAAAGUUAUCGAAAGUUUCUCACAAGUUGCUGAAAAUGCAACAUCAGUCGUCACGACGUCACUUGUUCCUCAUGAUUCCACAAAUGUACAAUUCAAGGCACUUCAGUACUCACUCUUUUCAACAUCAUUUGUUGAAGUACUUGGUGGCGUAUUCUUCCUUCUAACUGCUGUUUAUGUUCUCAAGGAUCGAGCAAAUGUUGAUAGAGCUGUUGCAGAGAGUAAUGUGAAUGGUGAAACAAACAAUCAAUACGUGAGUGAACAAUCAGAGCAGUCGGAGCAAUCAACAUCAGUUUCGGAAAACUGAUAUUAAAUGUAAAGUUGUCAACGUCAAGGAGAUUCGUCUUGCAGUUAGAAGUUUAGUUAGAAAAUGAAUGUCAAUCCAUUAACCAUCAACGUCAUCAUUUAAUAUGCUCAAGACAUACACACACACAACAACUUUUCAUCAUAUAUUUUGUAAGAAAAGCUAAGAGCUUCUUGUUUUGUUCAUUUGCUUUUAAGCAUCAUCGUUGAUUGAAAAAUUAAUUGGAACGAAAACACUUUUCUUUUUCUCUACUUAGAAAGUCCUCCAUUAAAUUGGAAAAUGGACGUAAUGUUCAUGUAAGAAGAAUGAAAGUACCAAUAAUUAUUAUGCAAUGAGACUGUGUUUUAGCUUAAAUAAUUAGUUAGCUUAUGAUCCCAAUUUUAGUUCGAGUUUUAUAACACUCGAAGUCGCAGAAAAUUAUGAAAGAUUCAAAUCGAAUAAGUUAAGGGUUGACGGUUGCAUCACAAUCACAAUUUGCAUCACAAUCACAAUUUUUACUCAAACAUAGUGAUAAAUGCAAUGUGGGUGAAUGUUGUUGUUACAUUGGGUGAUUGUUGUGCAUGUCGAUUUAAUUUCAUUUCAUGACUUAUGAUGAUCGACCUUAACAGUAUAAAAAGAGAAAAGAAAUAAGGAAAUUUGUGAUAAUCCAUACGCUAAAUAAGAUAUGGAAACACAUACCGACAUAUUUAUAACAUAAAAAACAUUGAAGUCUUCUUUUUAUGUCCGCCGACUGUGACUUUUGUCUUCUUUUUUAUGACAUCUUUCGUCUCCAAAUAAAUUGCAAAAUUCUUUGAAUCUUCUGCUAAAAUUGUGUAACGCUGUUAGUAAGUAAACAUGUGCUAUAGUUUAAUUAAAUUUAAGUAAAAGAAAUUUCAUUUUUCUUUGAGAAAAUGAAGAAAAGUCACUUGAACACUCUUCAAAAUCUGAUUAAGUUUUAUUGUUGCGAAAUAAUUAUAAAUACCUCUAGUUAUAAUGAUAUCAAAUGAAAAAGAAAGAAAAACCUAUAUCUAAAGAUAAAUUAAACAUCUUUUGCUGAUUUUCUUUUUCUUUUUAAUAAAAAAAUUGCAUAUUGUGACCAAAAAGAAAAAUCAUAAAUUAUAAGCGAAAGUUUUAAUAAAAAUAAAAAAGAAAAAUUUAUAAAAUCGAAAGAAUA